AUGGCUUCAAGCUCUCUCAGCAAACAACAAUCUUACGACUCCUCCUGGACACCAAAACAGAAUAAGCUGUUUGAAAAAGCACUAGCAAAAUUUGAUAAGGACACCCCUGAUCGCUGGCAGAAUGUAGCCAAAGCAGUUGGUGAAAAAUCAGAAGAAGAAGUUAAGAGACACUAUGAGAUCCUCUUGGAGGAUCUCAGACACAUAGAAGCUGGUCGUGUUCCUAUUCCCAACUACAAGUCCACAGGAAGCAGUACCAAUGCAAUAAACAAUUGA